AAUCUCGACGAACCAUUCCUCUCCGAAAAAAUGUCUGCUCCUUCAGGCGGUGACGGAGGAGGAGGAGAAUCAGCUGGUGGAGUGAGUUCGUCGUCUCUUGCUCCGUCGUCUCUACCGCCGCCUCGUCCUAAGUCUCCGCCGGAGUAUCCAGAUUUGUACGGGAAACGCAGAGAGGCGGCGAGAGGGGAAAUUAAAUUCAUUGAAGGCGUACAACCGGCUUCUAGAUGCUGCAAAGAGGUCUCUGAUUUUGUUGUUGCAAAUUCUGACCCAUUGAUCCCUGCACAACGAAAGAGUCGAAGAUCUUGCCGGUUCUGGAAGUGGCUCUGUGGCCCGUGUUUGAGCCUGGUGACUGUAUUGGGUCCAAAUGCUGCGACGGGUCGUGCUGCUCAAACAUUUGUUGUUGCCCGAGACCAAGCUGCCCGAGCUGUUCAUGCUUCCGAGGUUGCUGCUGUUCAUGUCCGGACAUGUCUUGCUGCAUUCCCAGCUGUUUCCGCAACUGCAGUUGCACUCGACCGUCGUGUCUGAAUAAAAAGAAGAGCUCAUGCUGCAGCUGCAACUGCAAGAUCAGAUGGUCAUCUUGUUUUAGAUGUCCCAAGGUACGACUUUGUUCUUGUUGUUUUUGCAAUUGUAAAAAUCUAUGUUCUAAUCCUUGUUGUUUAG